CCUCCUCCGUGCUUGGUGCUCCUCUCUUUCAUUCAUUUCAUUUGCCGGUAUUGCUAGCCAAUAUCACUCUUGCGCUUUACAUUAUGAAGAUUACCACCGCCUUCGUUGCUGUUGCUGCCCUGGUCGGCCUGUCUGUUGACGGCCAGUCCGUCCGCUGCUCGUCGCAGUGGGUCCGCAAGGAGGUCCGCAACCUGUCUCCCUCAGAGCUCAACACUGUGAAGUCGACCAUCACUGCCAUGCAGAACGCGGGCUGGAUGGGCUGGUUCGCCUACCUGCACUCGAACAACUUUGGAACGAUCCACAACUGCGAGCACUUCCUCCCCUUCCACCGCAGAUUCGUGCACGACUUUGAGUCUGUUGGUCGCCGGAUCAACCCCGCGUUUGUGCUGCCCUACUGGGACGAGCUCCGCGACUACGCCAACCCGGCGGCGUCGGACAUUUUCACCAGCAACUACUUUGGCGGCAACGGCCAGGGCUCGAACCACUGUGUCACCAACGGCAUGCAGGCCAACUGGCAGAUGUCCUACCCGAGCAACCACUGCUUCGCGCGCCAGUUCAACAACGGCAACCGCAUCAACGCCUGGUACUCGCCCGAGUAUAUCCAGUCGGUCCUGUCGCGCUCCAGCACCAUGGCUCAGAUCCGCGCUGGUAUCGAGUACUCGCUCCACGGCGCCAUCCAUCUGGCUGUCGGCGGUGACAUGGUGCAGAUGCACAGCCCGAACGACUUCAUCUUCUGGCUGCACCACGCCAACAUUGACCGCCUCUGGAGCGUGUGGCAGGGAUCCAACCGCAUCUGGACCAUGGACGGCGUCGAUACCGCCAACAAGCCGCUCACCCUCUCGAGCAACGUCAUCGCCUACAACGAGCCCAUCUGGACCGUCAUGCAGCUCGGCUACAACAAGAUGUGCUUCUCGUACGACAACGUCGGCUCUGUCUCGAACAGGCGCCGUUCGCUCGACAAGCGCAACGCCGUGUACUCGGCCACUGCCCCCAAGAAGUGCAUCCCGCGCCCGGUCACCACCCCGGUCAAGGCCUACGUUCCUCCUCUGGUCAACGGCGUCUUUGAGAACUUCCAGAACAUGACUGUCAACGCCGACAAGUUUGUUGAGACCUACGUCGCCCAGAAGCUGCCUGCCCCUGUCCUGAACAAGUGGUUCCCGACCUACGCUGCCAACCCGUCCAACAACGGCACCACCACCGGCCCUGAGUACAGCGCCGUUCCCCUGCCGAGCGCCGAGGCCUCCGGGUCUGAGUCGGCCGAGGCCAGCGAGUCCGGCUCCUAUGUUGCCCUCCCGUCGGCUGAGGCUUCGGAUGUGUACAACUCGGCUGAGGAGUCUGCUCUCUACUCGGAGGACUAUGUUGCCUACGAGGACACCGAGGGCAACGCCCUGUACGGCCUGGACAACGGCAAGGGCCCCGCCUACCCGAUGCCCAACCCGUACCCCCUGACCCCUGCCUGGUGCGCCAUGCACAAGUUCCCUGCUGAGGAUGUGCACAAGUUCUACGCUGAUGCUAAGGAGUUUGUGCGCGACAUGAACAACGUUGGCUACCAGUCGCCUUUCGCCAAGGUCUAAAGAUAGCUGCCAGCUGGCUGCACGCUGCAGUGCUUGCUGUCUCUGCUGCCUCGCUUUGGCCCCACUGCUACCCACGUCCCCCUAGAUCCGCUACAGGCCGACGAAAGAUAACGAUCUACGAUGUCCCCCUCUUCGCAAACAUCGCUUGCCAGGCCUAUAUUUAGAUGCACGCUUUGUAAUCCGUGCCCAUCUUGACGGCUCCGUCUGCCUGCAUGUACGCAGUGGGCCAGAUAAUGACCCCUCCCCUCUCCCCCGUUCUAUCCUGAAUCCUACGUGUCAUACUAGUUUCGAAUUUCUGUUUUCUCAUCUGACAAAAGUCUCGUUUACCAUCAUUUCAUUUUUAACAUCUCAAUAUAUUUCUCCUGGGCUUACACACCGGACGAAUUG